AACAAGUUUUGACCCAAGUUACCUGGGACUGUGCCACACAGAUUGCUAUAAUUGUAAUCACAGCAUAUUGCAUCAGUCGAUUCGGUGCCAUAUUUGUAAUCAGAGUGACAAAACAAUCUCAUUUAGACAAGCACCAAAUUGACUUCCAAUGGCACCCAAAAUUAUACUCAUAUCGGGCGCCGCCCGUGGCCUAGGCAAGGGGCUUGCGGAGCGGUACCUUGCGCAGCCCAACCACAUCGUUAUCGCCGCGAACCGGGACCCGGACUCCCCAGCCUCCCAAGCGCUCUCGCGGCUUCCCGUUGCCGAGGGCAGCAGCCUGAUCGUCGUCAAGCUCGACGCGGCGGUCGAGACGGACGCCCGCGACGCCGUCAAAGAGCUCAAGGAGAAGCACGGGAUCGAGCAUUUAGACGUGGUGAUUGCGAACGCGGGAAUCUCGUCCACGUGGCCCGCGGUCAAGGACUUGAGGAUUGGGGAUUUGGAGAUGCAUGUCAGGGUCAAUGUAUACGGCGUGGUGGCGCUGUAUCAGGCGACGAGACCGUUGUUGCGGAGGGCGAAGGGAGAGCCGGUUUUUGCGCCGAUGGGGUCGAGUGCUGGGUUUAUUGUUGAUCAGCCUCCGAUCACGAACGCUGCGUACGGCCCGUCGAAGGCGGCGCUGCACUGGUUCGUUGUCCGCAUCAAUGCCGAGGAUGAAUGGCUUAAUGCGUUUGCCUUGAACCCCGGCUGGGUCCAGACGGAGUUGGGAAAUGUCGGUGCCCGCGGCCUCGGGCUAGAGAAGGCUCCGGUGGACCUCGUGGAAUCGCUUGAUGGGAUGAUGAAGAUGCUUGCGAUAACUAGCAAAGAGAAAGAUGGCGGAAAGAUGGUUUCGUAUGAUGGUGAGGUUUCGGAUUUAAAGUAGCUGGAGCUUGAACGGGAUAUCUCGUGCUGGUAAUUGGGCAUAUGAGUGGCCUUAUUUCCCUUAGAUCUUUCCUUGGUUCCACUCCAUGCUGGGUUUUGGGCUUGCCGGCAGAUAUGAGC